AUGAUGUCAAAAUGUGAUUCACAUUGGAAUUUAUCGCUUAAUCAUUUACAAUCGAUUACAUUCAACAUCAAAUCAGAUUUAAUUCAUCAAUGCGAACGUAUUGCCAUGAUCGAACAAGUUCUUGAUGCAUCACCAAAUCUUUCAUCUCUCGUAAUAGCAUGGAGAGAUUUUCGACACUGUUCACGAAAAUACUUAAAUCUCAAAUACGUGCACCUCUUAUUAAAUGGAAAAUAUAAGAAUCCUAAACAUUAUUUUGACAUUCGUCGAUUAAAUGAAUUAGUACCUCAUCUAUAUACACUCGAAACAAGUGAUUCAGUUAUGAUGCUGAAUAAGAAUCUUAUUGAAUUUAUUUUGAACAUUAGUCAUCAAUUUAAUCAAUUAGUGCAUUUAGUAUUAAACAAAAAUUGUUUAAAUGGAUCUAGAGACAAAAAAAAACUCAAGUUCAGAGACAAACUAAUUGCAGCUAGUCAUGAUCAAAUAUUUCAUGGUUAUAAUAUGCAUUUUCGAUUUUAUGGAUAUGAUGAAUUACGUUUUUGGUUCUAA